CUGUCAGCAGACUGUCAGCAGUUUGGUGUCACUGUGUGUUCCAGGUGUACAUGGCCUGUCAGUCCAUGCUGAUUGUUCUCAUUGGAUCAACACCGCAGUACCACAUCGAGCAGCAGGAGGGCGUCCCGCCGAACCAACACGUCACCUUCACUGAAGAUGUUGAUUCUGUAGUGACUGAGUGGCUCCUUGUCCAGCAGCAGGCCUACAAGGUCAGCUUGGCUGGAUCCCUGUUCUUUGCUGGUCUUCUGGUCGGGAACGUCGUCUUCGGGCCGCUCUCCGACAGGAUUGGUAGAAGACCCGUUUUCCUGACAGGUGAGGAUCUUUCAAAAUCUGAAUGCUGGCUUCAUUGUGCUCACUGGACUGGAACCGUGUGACAGAAUUAAAGAAAG